AGGUUACUAUCAUUAACUCAUUUGACAAAGGGAACCACUUUCUUCGAUGGUAGCAUUGCCUUUGCCCCCUAAAAUCUAACCCCACAGCCCUUUCCUUUCCUUUCCUCCCUCAAAUGCCAGUGGCUCUUUCUCUUGACUUGGUUGGCCACUCAUAAUAUUACUAGUAUCCUUUCAUUUUCUUUUCCCUCCUCCAAUGCUAGUGGUGAUCACCUUGCUUGUUCUAUCUCGCUCUCCAUAUUCCCUUUCCUCUUAUGUCGUGUUCUUAAACUUGUGAGACGCAAUGAAGGGUUAUUAUAUUCAUGCUGGCCGCUAAAAGAAAGGUAAGAAAUUUGUUUAGCAUGGAGAGAGAUGGAUAAAGAAACUAACCAAGAAUGCCCAUCUCUUCGCCCUAACAAUUCCACCACCAUCAAGGAAGAAUCUCCAAGAAAAAUACCUCGAGGUCCUGGUGUUAUUGUUACUGGUGGUGGUGGUGGUGGUGGUGGUGGGGACAGAUUAAAAAGAGAUGAAUGGAGUGAGGGAGCUGUUUCGACCUUACUUGAGGCCUAUGAAAGUAAAUGGAUACUUAGAAACCGAGCUAAACUUAAAGGGCAUGACUGGGAAGAUGUUGCGCGCCAUGUAUCCUCCCGAGCAAAUUGUACCAAGUCUCCAAAGACACAAACACAAUGCAAGAACAAGAUUGAGUCCAUGAAGAAAAGGUAUAGAUCAGAAUCUGCCACUGCAGAUGCCUCCUCUUGGCCUCUUUAUCCACGUCUUGAUCUUUUAUUACGUGGAAAUAGUGCAGCAGCUGCUGUGAUCUCAUCACCACAACAUCAACAACCAUCAAUUCCAGCUUCUUCUAAUCCUCCUUUAAUCUUGUUAGUGGAGCCGACCUUGGGGGUGCCACAACCGCCACCACCAUCCAUGACUCCUACACCUCCACCACCACCAGCACCACCUCCUCCUCCUCAAGUUAUUGUGAUUGGUCAAAACUCACAUGGAUCUAAUGGUGUUGAUCAUAGGGGGCAAAAGGAAGAUGGAGUGGAUACCAAGCUAUCAAAUCAUGUCUCGGACAAGAAUGCCAUGGACGUCACAGAUAGUAGCACUCCGGCCAUGUAUAGUGAUAAGAAAAAAACAAGGUCCAAGAAACUGAAGAUGAGAAAGGAGAAAAGAAAAUGGGGGAAAAGAGAAGAGUGGGAGAUAGCGGAUAGCAUCCGAUGGCUAGCAGAGGUGGUGGUGAGGUCAGAACAAGCAAGAAUGGACACAAUGAGAGAAGUAGAGAAAAUGAGAAUAGAAGCCGAGGCUAAGAGGGGCGAGAUGGACCUCAAAAGGACUGAGAUCAUAGCUAAUACUCAACUGGAGAUCGCCAAGCUCUUUGCUGGUGGUGGUAAAGGUGUUGACUCUUCCUUAAGAAUUGGAAGAAACUGAUCAGAGGAUUAGUGGGCAUUGAACCUGAUUGUAUACGAUGAUUAUGUAUAGACUUGUGAUGUGUAUGGAUUAAUUAACACUGAAAUGGAAGAGAGGAGAACCUUAGGAAAUGAUUAAGAAAGGGUGAGGGAGAAUUUAUAUCUUAACUUGAAUAUUUAGGGUAGCUAAUUAAUUAUAAUUAGUAUUUAGCAAAUUAAGCAGAAGAGUUGUGGUAGGUAAAAAUAAUGCCCCUACCUCAUUGUACAUGUAAUGUUCUCUUUUAUCGAACAAUGCAGUGUUUUAUGUUCAUACCGUCA